GGAGGCGUAAACGAGGGAGGAGGCAGUAAAGGGAGAGAGGAACCACAAUUUGCCCACAUUUCCACAGCAGUCCGACACCGAGGCGCUUUCCAGUCGAGCUCCGUGGUCCGAAACAAGCAGAAACAUUUUUAUUUCGACCCGUUUGGUUGAGCCGGGUGGGGGAAACUCCUGAAAUAUCCCCGGGACCUGGUUUGUUUUGCUCUUGAUUCCUGCGGACGCCUGCGCGCAGGAACAGCUGAGGGGGAUAUAAGUUAUUUCCAGCAGAUCAGCGGAUCAGGAGAGCCUGGAAGAUGGGUUCAGUCCCUGCGAUUUCUGCCCUCGUUUUGGGCAUUGUGGUUCCAGCCCUGGCCGGAUACAUUGAGGCUCUUGCUGCCAACGCGGGAACAGGGCUCGCUGCGGUGGAGCCGCAGGUGGCCAUGUUCUGUGGGAAACUCAACAUGCACGUCAACAUUCAGACCGGUCGCUGGGAGCCCGACCCGUCAGGAACCAAGAGCUGCGUAGGAACCAAAGAGGGCGUGCUUCAGUACUGUCAGGAGAUGUAUCCAGAUCUCAAAAUCACCAACGUAGUGGAAGCCAACCAGCCUGUCCGCAUUGAGAACUGGUGCAGAAAGGAGAAGAAGGUCUGCAAAGGCCACGCCCACAUCGUGGUGCCUUACAUGUGCUUAGUGGGAGAGUUUGUGAGCGACGUCCUGCUGGUUCCAGAGAAGUGCAAGUUCUUCCACAAGGAGCGCAUGGACCUGUGCGUCAGCCACCAGCAGUGGCACACCGUGGCCAAGGAGGCCUGCUCCAGGAGCUCCAUGGUGCUCCACAGCUACGGCAUGCUGCUGCCCUGCGACCUCGACAAGUUCCACGGCACAGAGUACGUCUGCUGCCCCGCCUCCCGCUCCGCAGAGUCCGCCCCGCCGUCCCUGCCCUCCCAGGAGGAAGAUGACGACGAAGACGAGCACGUGGAGAAUGAGGACGUUGCCCUGGGUGACGAUGAGCCUCUGGAGGAAAGUGUGACCAAAGCUAAUGAGGAACCAAUUCAGAAGGAAGAGGCUGUGGACGAAGAUGAAGAUGAGGAGGAGGAAGAUGAGGACGAGUACCACUACGUCUACGGGGAUGAAGAGGCAAAAAUGAACGCAGAGGAAGAAGAAGAAGAAAAAGAAGAAGAAAGCAGCAAACUACCACAGAAAGUUAAACAGAACCGAACCCCUCUUCAUGAUGUCUACUUUGAUCCUGCGGCCUGGUCCGACGAUGUGGACGUCUACUUUGAGACGCCGGCGGACGACAAGGAGCACGGCCGCUUCCAGAAAGCCAAGGAGCAGCUGGAGGUCCGGCACCGGAACCGCAUGGAGAGGGUAAGGAAAGAGUGGGAGGAGGCGGAUCGGCAGGCCAGGAACAUUCCCCGGGCCGAGAGACAGACUCUGGUCCAGCACUUCCAGGCGAUGGUGGAGUCCCUGGAGGAGGAGGCAGCCAGCGAGAAGCAGCAGCUGGUGGAGACUCACCUGGCCCGGGUGGAGGCCAUGCUGAACGACCGGCGCCGCGUCGCCCUGGAGAACUACCUGGCCGCCCUGCAGGCCGACCCCCCCAGGCCCCACCGCAUCAUGCAAGCGCUGAAGAAGUACGUCCGAGCCGAGAACAAGGACCGGCAGCACACCGUGCGCCACUACCAGCACGUCCUGGCGGUGGACCCAGAGAAAGCUGCGCAGAUGAAGUCUCAGGUGAUGACACACCUGCGGGUGAUCGAGGAGCGGAUGAACCAGAGUCUGUCUCUGCUCUACAAAGUUCCCUACGUGGCCGAGGAGCUGCAGGACGAAAUCGACGACCUGCUCCAGGAGCAGAAGGCCGACAUGGACCAGUUCCUGUCCUCCAUCUCUGAGUCGCAGCCUGACGUCACCGUGUCGUCGGAGGAGAGCGUGGAGGUUCCAGUCCCCGAGGGCAAACCGUACCGACCCAUCCAGGUCACGUCUCUGGGGGCGCGCUCGGAACCAGAAGGCGACCUAUCAGACUCCCCACGCGCCUUCAAGAAAGGCUCCGCCAUGGCCGGUCUGGACGGUCUGAUCGGCGCCGAGGAAAGAGUCAUCAACAGCAAGCCGAAGACGGGAGAAGACCUGGUGAUUGAUGAGUCUCUGGAUGUUAACGAAGUGGUUUACAGUGCUGAGAGAGUCAGCGUUAUGCAUGGUGAUGAGCUGCCCUACCGCCCCCUGGGAGAAGACUUCAGCAUCAGGUACACCAACACCGCGCUGAUUGGCCUGCUGGUGAUCGCCGUAGCCAUAGCAACUGUGAUUGUGAUCAGCUUGGUUCUAUUGAGGAAAAGGCAGUACGGCACCAUCAGCCACGGCAUCGUGGAGGUGGACCCCAUGCUGACGCCAGAGGAGCGACACCUAAACAAGAUGCAGAACCACGGCUACGAAAACCCCACCUACAAAUACCUGGAGCAGAUGCAGAUCUAACUGAGAGGGGGCGCCGUGGAGCCCACAGCGGGAACAUACUACUGACCAAUAACACACGAUGCUAUUGUUAAAAUCCUUUGCGUACAUCCAAACUCCAUUUACUGGUUUGUUCAAAACAAUCCUUAAGUAAUGCUACUACUUCUACUACUGUUGUACUAUAGAGCUCUUUUUGAUCACAUGUCUGAUGUUUCUGCCAGUUUGCAAAUUAGAAAACGAUUUAUCUGUAAUUAUCGAGACGGAUCAAGAUGUAUAACAUUUCUUCUGACGUUUUUAUUAUGUGAAAAGCAAAUCAAACUAAUGUUUUUUAGUCAUCAAACUGGCACUACAUUUAGUUUCUCCAUCAUGCAGACUCUGAUGGGUUUCAUUAAAUAAUUGGUGUUUUAAUGUGUUAUUUUUAAUCUCAAUAGAUUGCUUGUAUAUGAAGGUUCUUCGUACCAAUCAAAAUGUUUAGUGAUUAAAAAAACAAAUGGGGGGGAAAUAAAUCAUGGUUUAUUUCUUUGCUUUGUUAUAAUAACAAAUAUACAUAAAAUGUUUAAAUAUACAUAAAUAUAUAUAAAAUUAGAUGUUUUUAUUCUACCUUUUCCCAAAGGAAGAGAUUAUAAAUUGGUUUGGGUUUUUAUUUUUUAUCCUUAUUUUUAUUCUGUGGUUCGAAUGUUUGCAGGCAUUGGAAAAGGUGAGGACCUGUGCAGACCUCCAGCUCAGACAUCAUUAUUCACUGAAUCUCCACUUCUCUUCUUUUUUUGCUUUAAUUGGUCAGAUGUUUCCAAGCCAUUAGUUCAUUAAAGUCUUGUGCACCAGGACAAAAUUUAUAUAUAUACAUUCUGAUCUGACACAGCAAGGCAACCAGACAAACUAAUGUUUAUCAAAGACAAAAAAGAUUCAUAAUAAAAAUGAGAGAAUGUAUUCAUUUACCAUCUCAUAUACAAAAACUAGGGAUUCAAACGAUUAUUUGUCGAUUAAUGGUUUAUUAGAUUAAAAUUGGUUCCAAUACACUAAUAAUAUCCGAUUACAUCUUUUGGCGUUGUAGUUUGGCCUCCAUCCAGCAGAGAGCGCCAGUGGUCAUUCAUAAGCGGAGCCGCUGAGACAGAAACAAAGAUGGCGGCGGGGCGAUUCCUGAACGGGGACUGUAAACGGUCCGAACAGAGUCCGGUGUGGAAUGCAAAAUGCACUUUAUGCGGUUCUGUUUAGAAAUAUAAACACUCAAGUUUUACUUCAACAUCCUGAGAUGCCGCAUGAUGGCGCAGUGUCGCCAUAUUAUGAAAAAUGUUGCCCCUUAUGGAAAGAUGGUCCAUUCUCUUGAUAAAAGAGAAAACUCAGGUUUUUAAGGAAAUGUCCGCUUAUCAAUUAACCGUUAUGCGAUCGAUAAGUCGGGAAGCUGUAAAAUCCGUUGUUCCAAUGGUACAUAGCUGAAUGUAUUUCUCCAUACUAUGUAUAUCAUGUUUUCCCUUAAAGCUUUGCUCUUUUUUUUUUUGUUUUUACAUUUUGCACAAAUUACCCAAAGUCAAACAUUUAACUCCCAGAUAUCCGCAGAUAGAUUUGUGGGUGUUGCAGCUGGAAUGCUUGAGCUUGGCGCUUCUGGAGAUCCAAACUGGGCUGAGAAUCGAACCCGAAUUAACUGCACAAACAUUUAACGAUGCGAUGAAACGAUCCGGAGGUCUGCGCAGGCGGAGAGCUGGUUGUGUGUAUUUUUACAGGUAGAGAAUGACACGAAACAAGCGAAUCCUAAUCCUCUCUCUCUAUCUUAGUAUCGUCUUUGUAUGCCUGUAUAGUUGAUGUUGCAAUCAUGGCUCUUUUUUUUUUUCUUAUGAGGAUUUCCGUGGUGUGCAUUGUUCUUCUAUGAAAUCUGUUUUUAAUUUUAUUUUCCAGUUUCUUUUUCCUCUUUCUGUGGCAGUAUAUCUGUAUGUGACUGUCUCACUAUGCACCCAAACGCUUCGAUCUCGUAACUGCCUGCUUGACUGUGGAAGAGGACCGACCGGGGGACAUUGAUUAUAUUAUGCAUAUUAGUGAUUUAAAACUGAUCAACACCAAUGGAAACAGAUUUAUGGUUACAAGGGGUUACACAUCAAUAAACUCACAACAAACAA